AUGGCACCAAUAGAGGCUCCCGUUGCAGCGACGUUGGACGAUGCGUCGUUGGUGGAAGAGUCAAUGACAGCAGCAGCAGUCUUUGGAGCCAGCGACUACCGUGGACGGGACACUGACAGGAACAGGAAUGAAUUGCGGCACUUCCACGGGAAUAGCGAUUUUCUUGGUUUUCUUGACUUGACGAUGAUGGUGGUGAUAUGGUACACUUGCGGAGACGAUGCCCUUGUUCAGCGCUACGAAGGUCGCGAAUGUGGCGGCAGAUUAUUGAUGCUGAAGUCGAUCGAGACGGGGGUGGUGAGAGACCGGCUCGACGUUUGCUGA